AUGGGUGGGUAUGGGUCGGCUGCGGGUACUGAGGAGGGGGUGAAGGAGGAGAAGGAGGAGGAGGAUGGCUAUCUGGCAAGUGGAAGAGAGGAAGAGGAGAAUGAUGAGGGCUGUGGGGCCCGUGUUUGGGUCAAAGAGAAGGAGCAGCUGGUUCCCGGCACAGUCAACUCCUGUGGAGAUGGAACCCUUAUCAUUACAACCGACUAUGGAGAGGUGUUGUACUUGCAGCAGGCCGAGGUUACCAGGGAGCGGGUCUACGCGAUGCACCAGUCCAGCAUCGACGGGGUGGAGGACAUGUCGGCACUGGCUGAGCUGCAUGAGGCCGCCAUCAUGCACAACCUGUACCAGCGCUACCAGAAGGAUAACAUCUAUACUAAUAUUGGCAGCAUCCUGGCAGCCGUCAACCCCUACAAGCAGAUCCCAGGUCUGUAUGACACAGAGAGGGUGGAUCUGUACUCCAAGCACCAUCUAGGGGAGCUCCCUCCGCACAUCUUUGCCGUGGCCAAUGAAUGCUACCGCUGCAUCUGGAAACGCCACGACAGCCAAUGUGUCCUCAUCAGUGGUGAAUCAGGGGCAGGAAAGACGGAGAGCACUAAAUUGUUGCUUCAGUUCUUGUCCAUGAUGAGCCAGAAAUCAGCCGGGACUCCUCCAUCAGAGAAAAGUACACGAGUGGAGCAGGCCAUCGUACAGAGCAGUCCGAUCAUGGAAGCGUUUGGUAAUGCUAAAACUGUUUACAACAACAACUCCAGUCGCUUUGGGAAAUUCAUCCAACUUCACUUCUCUGAGGGCGGCAACAUCCAGGGAGGCUGCGUCUUUGACUAUUUACUGGAAAAGAACCGAGUGGUGCGACAAAACCCUGGAGAACGAAACUACCACAUCUUCUACGCUCUACUGGCGGGAACUAACAAGGAGAAUAAAAGCCUCUACUUCCUGGAGGAAUCGCCUGAAGCUUUCCACUAUCUCAGCCAAUCAGGAUGUCUGAAGGACAAGAGCCUGAAUGACAAAGAACUGUUUAACAGUGUUAUGGAGGCACUGAAGGUGUUAGAGUUCACAGAGGAGGAGAUCAGAGACAUGUUUAAGCUGCUGUCAGGAGUCUUACAGCUGGGAAACAUCGAGUUCAUGACUGCAGGAGGAGCCCAGAUCACCACCAAGCAAGUGGUCACUAAUGCCAGUGAACUGUUGGGCCUGGACGCCUUCCAGCUGUCUGAAGUACUGACUCAGCGCUCCAUAAUCCUCAGAGGAGAGGAAAUCUGCUCCCCACUCACUAUAGAGCAGGCCGUGGAUUCCCGGGACUCUGUUGCCAUGGCAUUAUAUUCCCAGUGUUUCUCCUGGAUCAUCCUCAAGAUCAAUCAGAAGAUCAAAGGGAAGGAAAACUUUAAAUCCAUCGGCAUCCUUGACAUCUUUGGCUUUGAGAACUUUGAGGUAAAUCGAUUCGAGCAGUUUAAUAUCAACUAUGCCAACGAGAAACUUCAGGAGUACUUCAACAAGCAUAUCUUCUCCCUGGAGCAGCUUGAGUACAACAGGGAAGGUGUCCAGUGGGACGCCAUAGACUGGAUGGACAACGCCGAGUGUCUUGACCUUAUAGAGAAGAAACUGGGCUUGUUGGCACUAGUGAAUGAAGAGAGUCGGUUCCCCAAAGGAACUGACUUCACACUGUUGGAAAAGUUGCACAGCAGACACUCUACAAACCCUUAUUAUGUAAAGCCAAGACUUGCUGACCAUCAGUUUGGCAUCAAACAUUAUGCCGGGGAGGUCCUGUAUGAUGUUAGGGGGAUCUUGGAGAAGAACAGAGACACCUUCAGAGACGACAUCCUAAACAUGCUCAAGGACAGCAGACUGGACUUCAUCUAUGACUUGUUUGAGAAAGUUGGCAGCAGGAACAAUGAGGAGAAGAUGGGCACAGCCAGACGCAAACCUACCGUGAGCUCCCAGUUCAGGGACUCCCUCCAUGCUCUCAUGGCCACUCUGAGUGUAUCCAACCCUUUCUUUAUUCGCUGUAUUAAGCCCAACAUGCAAAAGAAUCCAAGUGUGUUUGACCCAGAGGUCGUCCUGAACCAGCUGAGGUAUUCUGGGAUGUUAGAGACCGUGAAGAUUCGUCGGGCCGGGUUCCCUGUCCGCAGAACCUUCAAAGAUUUCUUCUCUCGGUAUAAGAUCAUUCUGAAAGAGAAAGGGCCAGCAGCAGCAGAUGAUAAGAAGAGAAGUACAGACUUUCUAAUAAAAUAUGACAAGACCAAGAAAGAGUGGCAGCUGGGCAAGACCAAGGUGUUUUUGAAAGAGUCUCUAGAGCAGCGUUUAGAGAAAGACAGGGAUGAAGUCCGACGCCAAGCUGCCAUGAUAAUUCGAGCCCACCUACUCACUUUCUCUGCCAAGAAGCACUUCCAGCGCAUACGAGCCAGUGUCAUCACCCUCCAGAAACACUUCAGAAAGCACAUCCAACGCAGACGAUUCGUGAAGCAAUGUAAGGCAACGCUGGUGCUGCAGAGACACAGGCGAGGUCAGGUGGCCCGUGCUCGAGUUCGAAAACUCAGAGAAGAAAAGAAGAAAAAGGAAGAAGAACAAAAGAAGAAAGAGGAGGAUGAGAAGAAGCCAUUGGCCGAAGGGGAGCAGGAGGAAGUGAAUGAAGGAGCAGAGAAAAAGCCUAAAUCGCCAGAGGAAACAGCUUCUUCUUCUGAUGAGGCCCGGCAGAUGGAGGAGAUCCUGCAGUUGGAGCGUGAGAUCGAGCGCUUGCAGAAGAAGAGAGAGGACGAGGUGUCCCAGCUGUGUGAGUCCUCCAAACAGGAGCUGCAGCUGCGACGGGAUGCCGAGCUCAAGCGGAUGAAGAAAGAGGCGUCCCGCAAGGCCACAGAGCUCAUCGACCUUCUGAACUUCGGAGGCGUGGAUCCUUCACUGGGAGCAGAAGCAGCCAAACCUGCUCCAGAGGUGAAAGCUCCGAAACCUGCGAGUGCCACCAGGGGCGCGUCCAAAGAAGAGGAGGUGGACGAAGGGUUUCAUGCGGAGGAGGAGUGCAUCCCUCUCCCUGACUUCCCUCCUCCUGCUGAGACAGAUGCUCCUUUGGAUCAGGAGAUAUUUGCUCACCUCCCUCCCCCCCCGCCUGCUUUUGCAGAGGGGACAGUGCCUCCUGCACCACCUCCUCUACCCACAGAUGGUGUUCCCGGAAUUCCUCCUCCUCCUCCUUUACCUCCACCUGGAGAUGGCUCCGCUGUCCCCCCACCUCCUCCACCACCACCCCCAGGAGAAGGGGAAAAGAAAGAAGGAGCAAAGACGGAACCGGAAAGGAAGGUGAGCAUGGUGGAGAGCCUGGUGGACGGGGAGGAGCCGAUCUACAGCAUGCCGGCCGAUACCGAGUCGGAUUACGACCAGGAGGAGGAGGAGGGGUCUGUCAAUGCCGGAGAUGACAGCUCUGUAUCGGGGAGCAACCGUGGGAGCGCCACUGUGGCGGAUGAUGAGCAUCCAAGAAAGUCAACCUGCACCAAUGCCAGCAUCGAGUCCUACAGAGGCAGCUCUGACUCUUAUGCAGACAGUGACGAUGAACAUGACGGCAUGAUGGACACUGAUGAAGAAGUGACUAAUGGCAGAGUGACUUUGCUUAAUGGAAAUGGACCGCCAUAUUUCCACGGCUACCUCUACAUGAAGGCUGGUCUGAUGAUCCCGUGGAGGAGGCGCUGGUGUGUGUUGAAGGAUGAAACCUUCAUGUGGUUCCGGUCCAAACAAGAGUCUCUCAAGUCGGGCUGGCUCUACAAGAAGGGAGGAGGCCUCUCUACUCUCUCACGGAGGUUAAACUGGAAGAUGCGCUGGUUUGUACUGAGGGACAGCAAGCUGAUGUACUACGACAACGACAGUGAGGAGAAGCUGAAGGGAACCAUCGACAUCCGAGCUGCCAAGGAGAUUGUGGAUAAUCAUGAAAAGGAGAACGCUCUGAACAUUGUGACGGAUGAGAGGACCUAUCAAGUGUUCGCUGAGUCACCAGAGGAUGCAAGUGGAUGGUUUAAUGUGCUCAGUAAGGUUCGCGUGUGCACUCCUGAGCAGCUGCUGGAGAUGUCACACGAACAGGCCAACCCAAAGAACGCUGUGGGAACUCUUGAUGUGGGGCUGAUCGACUCUGUUUGUGCUUCAGACAACCCUGAUCGGCCCAACUCCUUUGUCAUCAUUACGGCCAACCGUGUGAUCCACUGUAACAGUGACACACCAGAGGAGAUGCAUCACUGGAUCAGUCUGCUACAGAAACCCAAAGGAGACGCCAGGAUAGAUGGGCAGGAGUUCCUUGUUAGAGGCUGGCUCCAAAAGGAGAUGAAGACGAAUGCUAAGAGCACCUCCCUGAAGCUGAAGAAGCGCUGGUUUGUUUUGACCCACAGCUCCCUGGAUUACUACAAGAGCUCGGAGCGAAAUUCCUCCAAGAUGGGAACUCUGGUCCUCAACUCCCUCUGCUCCAUCAUUCAGCCGGAUGAACGAGUGCACAGGGAGACAGGUUACUGGAACAUCACCGUGUAUGGGAGGAAGCAUUCCUACCGCCUCUAUACCAAGAUGCUGAACGAGGCCAUGAGGUGGACAGCUGCCAUACAGGGAGUCAUAGACAGCAAGACACCCAUAGAAACUCCAACUCUGCAGCUCAUCAGAGACAUCAAGGAGAACAGUGUAAACCCAGACAUCGUGGAGCAAAUGUACAGGAGGAACCCCAUCCUCAGAUACACUCAGCAUCCUCUGCACUCCCCUCUACUGCCGCUCCCUUAUGGAGAGGUCAACAGCCUACAAAGGCAGCAGGGCUAUGCCAGUCUGCAGGAUGAGGCUGUGCGAGUCUUCAACUCACUGCAGGAGAUGGAGACCCUGGCAGACACAGUGCCCAUCAUCCAGGGCAUCCUGCAGACCUGCCAGGACCUGCGCCCUCUCAGGGAUGAGGUAUACUCUCAGGUGAUCAAGCAGACCAAUCAUGUGCCUCAGCCUAACAGCCCAGCUAAUCGAGCACACUGGCAUCUGCUCACCUGCAUGAGCUGCACCUUCCUACCCAGUCGAGCCAUCCUCAGAUACCUCCGCUUCCACCUCAAGAGGGUACGUGAGCGCUUUCCCGGCACAGAUAUCGAGCGCUACGCCAGUUUCAUUGGGGAAUCCCUAAAGAAGACCAAGACUCGUGAGUUCGUUCCCUCUCAGGAGGAGAUCGCCGCCCUGCUGGUGAGGCAGGAGAUGAGCACCACCGUCUACUGCCAUGGGGGAGGCUCCUGCAAGAUCUCCAUCAAUUCGCACACCACAGCCGGAGAGGUUGUGGAGAAGUUGAUCAGAGGUUUGGCCAUGGAGGAGAGCAAGAACCUGUUUUCUCUGUUCGAACACAACGCCUUCACAGACCGAGCUCUGGAGAGCAGAGUGAUUGUGGCAGAUGUUCUGGCCAAGUUUGAAAGACUGGCAGGUAGCGAAGAAGAGGAGGAGGAAGGUGAAUGGAAACUCUACUUCAAGCUCUACUGCUUCUUGGAUGUGGAGAGCAUGCCAAAAGAAGGAGUAGAGUUUGCUUUCAUGUUUGAGCAGGCCCACGAGUCUCUGAUAAGUGGUCACUUCCCGGCCUCAGAGGAGACUUUGCAGCACCUGGCCGCUUUACGUCUCCAGUAUCUCCAUGGUGACGAGGCGGGUCGUGCCGGGUGGAGCCUGGGAACCGUUUAUCCAAUCGGACGUCUCCGCAAUCGCAUCCUUCACUCCACCAAACCAGGCGUGGGGGCGGCAAGUGGAGCCGGAGGAGCAGGAGGGGGAGGACCAGGAGAUGGGAAGGGCACGGUGGGAGGACCGGGAGGUAUCCCGGUCGCGGCAGAGAAACGAAAGACCCCGAGCUUCCUGGAUGGCACCUUGAGGAGAAGCUUCAAGACUGGUUCACUGAAGAAGCAGAAGGUGGAGGAAGAGCAGAUGCUGGAGAUGUGGGUGAAGGAGGAAACGUCUGCUACACGGACUAGUGUUCUGGAGAAGUGGACCCGGCUACAGGGCAUGCCUCAGCAUCAGGCCAUGCUUAAAUACAUGAGCAUCAUCAAGGAGUGGCCUGGAUACGGAUCCACUCUGUUUGAUGUGGAGUGUAAAGAGGGUGGUUUCCCUCAUGAUCUGUGGCUGAGUGUGAGUGCUGACAACGUGUCAGUGUAUAAACGAGGUGAACCUAAGCCACUGGAGACCUUCCAGUACGAACACAUCACGUUCUUUGGGGCUUCACAGCCGUGCACCUACAAGAUCAUCGUGGAUGAGAGGGAGAUGUUCUUUGAGACACCACUGAAGUUCUUGUUGGGUGGUCGAAUAGCUUCCCCCUGCCACGCCACCUUCCCAUCUCGGAUUGAGGGAGGCUGUGUCUGUAACUGUGGCCAUUCAGAGACGAAGGCUAUAAACACAUUAGAUAUUCCAGUGGUUGGGGCAGGAUCCCAAGCAUGCAUGAGGGCCUACAUUAACAUGGAUGUGAAGAAGCGCUGCCAGCAUCCCAUGUCCAGUGACCAGGCAUCACCAGUUCCUGGCGUCAGGUGA